AUAGUAAGAAAUUAAAAAAGAAUUGUAACACUUCGAAUCUACAGGUAUAAAAACUUGUGAUUUUUUCCAACAAAUUGUAGUUCAAUUAAAGUUUGAUUCAAUCAAACAACAUUUGUAGUCACCCAAAUAUAACUAAUCAAAAUGGCUUUCAAGUUCAUCGCUGUAUUUGCUUUGCUCGCUGUUGCCAAUGCUGGCAUCAUUCCAACUGCUCAAGUCUAUCACGCUGGCCCUGCUACAGUUGUCAAAACUGUUGCUCCAGUAGCUCAUUAUUCUGCACAACCUGUUUUAGCUAAAGCUGAUGACGAAUACGAUCCUCAUCCACAAUACAAAUUUGCCUACGAUGUCCAAGAUGCCGUUUCUGGUGACUCCAAGAGCCAAGUUGAAGAACGUGAUGGUGAUGUUGUUCGUGGUGAAUACUCCUUGAUUGAUUCCGAUGGCUUCAAACGCACUGUUCAAUACACCGCUGAUCCAGUUAACGGUUUCAAUGCCGUCGUCAACCGUGAACCUUUAGCUGUUAAAGCUGUAGUUGCCCCUGCUGUUGUCAAAAAAGUUGCUCCAGUUACUCAUUAUGCUGCCCCUGCUACUGUUGUUAAAACUCUUGCUCCCGUAGCUCAUUAUGCUGCCCCAACUGUAGUCAAGACCGUUGCUCCCGUAGCACACUAUGCUGCUCCAGCCACUUACAUUGCACACCACAUCGAAAUGGCAUUCAAGUUUGUUGCUGUCUUUGCUUUGCUCGCUGUCGCCAAUGCUGGUUUCCUUCCAGCUGCUCAAGUUUACCAUGCUGCUCCUGCCGCUGUUGUCAAAACUGUCGCUCCCGUAGCUCACUAUGCUGCUCAACCUGUUUUGGCCAAGGCUGUUGAAGAAUACGAUCCUCAUCCUCAGUACAAAUACGGAUACAAUGUACAAGACAACCUUUCUGGUGACUCCAAACACCAAAUUGAAGAACGUGAUGGUGAUGUAGUACGUGGUGAAUACUCUUUGAUCGAUGCUGAUGGUUACAAACGUACCGUUCAGUACACUGCCGAUCCCAUCAACGGUUUCAAUGCUGUUGUCAACCGUGAACCUCUUGUCAAAGCUGUAGUUGCUCCCGCUGUUGUUAAGUCCGUUGCCCCAGUUGCUGCUUAUGCUGCUGCCCCAGCUGUAGUCAAGACUGUUGCUCCUGCUUACACCACUUAUGCUGCUCCAGCUGUUGUCAAGACUGUUGCUCCAGUUGCCCAUUAUGCUGCUGCCCCUGCUUACACCACUUAUGCUGCCCCAGCUGUUGUCAAGACUGUAGCUCCUGCUUAUACCACCUAUGCCGCUCCUGCCACUUAUGUUGCCCAUCACUAAAAUGCUCAUUUCGUUAACCCAUUGUGACCAUUACUGAUUAUUUAUAUUGUUGUUGAUUAAAUAAAUUAUUUAAAAUUAUA